ACCCUCUCCACUUACUCAGAAUCCAACGAAAAGAGGUCAAACUCAUCCUUCUCCUUCUUCUCCACCUUCUUCUUAUUCACUCUCUCUUCCUUCUCAGGCACGUCCUCAUCUGAUCUCUCUAAAGAGUCCUUAUGACGCUCAUAUCUAGGCGGGGAUAGCUUAUCAGCUCUGGAGUAAAGUCCGUCAGUGUAGUAGUCAGUGGUCGGCUCUAUUAUCCCCCUUUUCUGAUUCGUCUAAUCUUUGCUGCUCUUCACAUUUCUGUGAGUCUCCAGUCUUCACUGUACUUUCAACCUGCGAAGAGUCUUUAAUUUUCUGAGAAUCCUCUUGCUUUGAGGAUUCUUCUAUUUUCUUCGAUCCUUCAUCAAGAACCUCUUCCUUCUUAUCUACUUCCAUCUCUAUAUCACACCCCAACGACGUCUGGCUAAAUCACUCCACUCCCUGUUCCAAUUGAUCAAUUCCAGACCUUUCUGUCGUAUUCCCCUCCUCUUUCUCCUCUUUCUCCUCUUUCUCUUCCUUCUCCACAUCCCUCUCACUCUCUACUCCCCUCUCCUCAUCCUUUCCCCCCUCACUCAUCUCCUUAUCCCCUUCUUCCUUCUCUUCCCCCUCUUCCCCCUCUCCAUCCUUAACGCUCUCUUCAUCCUCCAGCACUGGUCAAGCUUCAAGCCCUUCUUCUUCUUUAGGCUCUACCUUAGUCUCUUGUUUCGUAGAUAAAGUCUCUUCGUGAGUGGCUUGGGAAUUUGUACUUGAACUGGCGCUCGAGGGGUUGGAGAAAGUGGGGUUUUGGGGAAGUUUUUGGGAGGGUUUAGGGGAUUUUGGGGAAUUUUGGGAGGGUUUAGGGGAUUUUGGGGAUUUUUGGGAGGGUUUAGGGGAUUUUGGGGAUUUUUGGGAGGGUUUAGGGGAUUGAGGGACUUCUGGAUGGGAAGAAGGGGAUUUUGGGGGUGAGAUUGGGAGGGAGGACUCUUCAGUGGCCUGACUGAGGGUGAAUUUGUAGUCGGAAGUUUGUUUGAAGGUCUUUUUAGGAGGUUUGGGCUUUUGUCUGCGUUGGUAGGGUUUACGUGGUUUUUUGAGUUUUUCAGGUUUUGGAGGGAUUAUUUCGAGGCAGGUACUGGUUUUUAUGAAUUCUUUAAACCUGUCUUCAGGGACUGAUUGACCGAUAAGGUCAACUAAGUUUAGCAGAGAGUUCUUUAUGAGUUCGAUAGAUUCUUCUUGUCUUGAAAAUUCACCAAGGAACAUAUUCUGUUUUGUGUUAAAACGUUUGAAUUCUUGUAUAAGGGAUUCAGAAGAGAUUUCUUCUGAACAUGGAGUCUCUGCAUUAAACUUUUGGUCUAAUUCAGAAAUGAACUGUAGUUUAUAUCCUGGUGGGGUUGUAUCGGAAUUUACACAGGUAGCUGGAGAAGGAGCUAAUUGUUUAUUGACUGAUUUUAAUAACCUUUGUUCUUGAAUCUUGCUUUCUUCAAACAAGGGAGGGCCAUUGUUCGUCAUUUUUGGUGGACUUUUUGUUGUACCUUCGUUAUUUAUCCCACUUGCAGGGAUGAAGAUGAAUCUUUCAUCUUUUCCCAUAUCUCCGUUCCACUUAAACCUCACUUUCUCGUUCAAAUAUCAUAGGUUAUCAAAAGCUUCCAUCGAAGAGAUUUCUUCUACCUUAUGCCCACUAUACAUAAUAGAAUGGGCUCUUGCUUUGGACUCUUUGAUAAGCAUCCAUCAAUCGAGUCAUAUUUUCCUUGGCUUUACUAAUUUUCUAUUAAGCUCGAUCAUUUCCUUAAACUGUUCGUACUCUUGUUUCUCAGUUGAGAUAUCUCUAGGGUGUUUGAAGAGCUCAAAGAGACUCUUCAGUUUUUCCAUCUUAUCAAGUGGCAUGAUUAACUUCUUUACUACCAUCAGAAUGAUUCUGUGUGCCUAA